AAAUACACGCGCAAAGUCAUUACUUCGUCUUGUAGGCUACCUCUGGUUUCCUCAAACUCCAAUUUGAUCUCAGUUUCUCCCGUGUUUCUUUCUGCAGAAAUCUCAAUCCCUCAACCCAAAUGGUUCCACCAGCGGCAGCGCCACCGAGCCACCAUGCCACUCAACAAUUCCUCUCCUCAGUCCUCUCUCAACGCGGCCCCUCCUCCCUUCCUUACACCGAAGACACCAAAUGGCUAAUCCGCCAGCACCUCCUCUCUCUCAUCGCCACCUACCCUUCUCUCGAACCUAAAACCGCUACUUUCACCCACAACGAUGGUCGUUCCGUCAACCUCCUCCAAGCCGACGGCACCAUCCCCAUGCCGUAUCAGGGUGUAACUUACAACAUUCCGAUCAUCGUCUGGCUCAUGGACUCUUAUCCUCGCCAUCCUCCUUGCGUCUAUGUGAAUCCCACGCGCGAUAUGAUCAUCAAGCGUCCUCAUCCUUACGUUAACCCUUCUGGGUUAGUCUCUGUUCCUUAUUUGCAGAACUGGAUAUACCCCAGCUCUAAUCUCGUCGAUCUAGUUCGCGAAUUGAGUGGGUUUUUUGGCCGUGAUCCUCCUCUCUAUUCCCAACGCCGCCCAAACCCUAAUCCAAGUCCUAGUCCUAGUCCUAGCCCUAGCCCUAGCCCCAAUUUUGCUGCGAAUCCAUCCAAUUUAUCGCAUUCUUCGACUUUCGGGUCCUUGGGUCCUACUGGUGGGCACGCUGGAUUUCCGCGUCCAAUGAAUAGGCCAUACCCGCCAUCGCCUUACAGUGGUGGUAGUAGUGGUGGUGCGCCAGGGAGGCCGCAAACUGAGGACGCUGCGGAGGUGUAUAAGAGGAAUGCAAUCAAUAAGAUUGUGGAGACUGUUCAUGGGGACAUCAUGCAAUUGAGGAAGGCUAGGGAGUUGGAAAUGGAGGGUUUGUUCAGUGCGCAGGCUGUGUUGAGGAGGAGGGAAGAGGAAAUUAAUAAGGGACUUAAGGAAAUGCAAGAUGAUAAAGAGGGUUUGGAGGCGCAACUACAAUUUGUAUUGAUGAAUACAGAUGUUCUGGAGGCGUGGGUGAGAGAAAACAAAGAGAAAAGUAAAGGGAAUGCAGGGGAUUUGGAUGUAGACAAUAUGUUUGAGUGCGCUGAUGCUCUGUCAAAGCAGAUGUUGGACUGUACAGCAGCAGAUUUAGCUAUUGAGGACACAGUUUAUUCCUUAGAUAAGGCAGUGCAGGAAGGGGCAGUGCCAUUUGAUCAAUACUUAAGGAAUGUAAGAUUGUUGUCAAGGGAGCAGUUUUUCCAUCGGGCUACUGCCACGAAAGUUAGGGCCGUGCAGAUGCAGGCUCAGGUUGCUAGCAUGGCUGCUAGAGCUCCACAUUUUGCUUCCUGAAUCAUUAAUGGCGUUUGUGCUACAUUUUGUAGCAAUUGGAGGGAUAUUGUAAGACAUAGUUUUUCUCUUGCUGUAAAAUUCCUGCUCAUUGAUUUGUAUGGAUAUGAAAAUAAUACAAUUUUCUGUGAAUUAUAUUGCUAUCGUUCGGUAAA